UAGCAAGUCUCCGGCUAUGGCGUCUGAUGGAGCCGCACUGGUCGGGAUCUGACGGCACGGCGGCGUUUCCUGGCGUUUAGCGAGCGGUGCACAGCUAUUGAAAAGGGCUGGGAAUUGCUUCCUCUCCCGGAGGCGCCCGCUGAGGUCGGCGGACAGGGCGCAGGCCCCUAACAGUGCUUUGACGCUCCAGUCUGAUGUUGUGAAGUGACUGGAUAUUGGACUAAAGCAGGAAGUUAUUGGAGAUCGCAGUUUCCUACAGUCUCCUCUGGUCAGGGGAAGGGGCAGUGAAGUCAUACAGCAUGGAAACAGGCCCUUCAGCCCACUGAAUGCUGCUUCCGGAGGAGGAGUUUUGGGCGAGGCAUAUUCCUCCAUCGAUUCUGGUCUCUUCCUCCGUCCCUGCGGCCAAGUUAGGUUUCCGAAGCGCAGCUGCGGAGCGAACAUCUGAUGAUCUCGUCCGGCGAGGAAUUUGAGCUGUCAUCUUUCUGGGCAAGGCGGCAGGGGAAGGGCGGGUUUCUUCAGCAUGGCCAGCGCCCCCCUGUACCCGUGAUACCCAGCCUGGUACCAGUCAGAUAUUAAAAGUGGAGGGGUAGGGUUUGGGGGGUGUUGACGGUGGGCAAACAGGACGUGCGUCAGCCACAGAGGGAUGGGAUUGUUUUGCCAUGGUCACGUAGAAUAAAUGGCAGCUUGUGAGGAGUGGCUUACUGCUUGUUGCUGCUGCUGGUCGUCCCACCCUUUGUACCAACCUCUCUCAGACUUUCUCCACCUCAGCGAGUCUCGGACUGCCCCACCUUCACCAUGGUUAAAUUCUGGAAGUUUGUGCGGAAUUUUCGGCAGCUGGAGCUGCACCGGCUGAUCCUGAUGCUGAUGGUGUUCAGCUUGAUCUCCAUGUGUUUCCUGGCGUACUACGUAACCAACAGCCCCAAGAUCAAGGAGGCCCUGCCUCUGCCCAUCAGCGAUUGCAACAGUCAGCACCGAAUGUCCCAUCCGCCGCGGCGCUACCUGCCCCUGUUGGAUACGUCCCGGACUGACCCCGUGGUCCUGAUCUUUGCUGAAAGUAUUUAUUCUCAACUGAUACAAGAGAUUGUGACCAUUUUGGAAUCUAGCCGCUUUAAGUACAGGACAGAGAUAGCCCCAGGGAAGGGAGAUGUGCCAACAUUAACAGAGAAAGAUCGGGGGCGCUUUGCUCUCAUUGUGUAUGAAAAUAUUCUGAAGUAUGUGAAUCUGGAUGCCUGGAACAGGGAGCUGCUGGACAAGUACUGCAUUGAGUACGGUGUUGGAAUUAUUGGUUUCUUCAAAGCCAACGAAAACAGCUUGCUAAGUGCACAACUCAAGGGAUUCCCUCUGUACCUGCACUCGAACCUUGGUCUGAAGGAUUACCACAUCAACCCCAACGCACCGCUGCUUUACGUGACUCGAGCCAACCAGGUGGAACAGGGCCCGUUACCGGGUGACGAUUGGACCGUCUUCCAGUCCAACCACAGCACCUACGAGCCGGUGCUCCUGGCCAGUACAAAGUCAGCGGAGUACAUCCCCCACCUGAGCACCCACAAGGCACUGCACGCCACGGUGGUCCAAGACUUGGGCUUGCACGACGGCAUCCAGAGAGUUUUCUUCGGGAACACCCUGAACUUCUGGCUGCACAAGCUGAUUUUUGUCGAUGCGAUCGCCUACCUGACUGGCAAGCGGCUGUGCCUGUCCCUGGACCGCUACCUACUGGUGGACAUUGACGACAUCUUUGUGGGGAAGGAAGGAACCAGGAUGAAAGUCUUGGAUGUUGAGGCUUUACUGCUGUCUCAAAACAAACUGAGAACUCUGGUCCCAAACUUCACCUUCAACCUUGGUUUCUCCGGCAAGUUCUACCACACGGGGGCCAGCGAGGAAGACGAAGGUGAUGACAUGCUGCUGAAGCACAGGAACGAGUUCUGGUGGUUUCCUCACAUGUGGAGCCACAUGCAGCCUCACCUCUUCCACAACGAGACCGUGCUGGCCGAGCAGAUGAAGCUCAACAAGCAGUUUGCGCUGGACCAUGGAAUCCCAAUCAACAUGGGUUAUGCAGUUGCCCCUCAUCAUUCAGGGGUGUACCCUGUCCACACACAGCUGUAUAAGGCUUGGAAAUCAAUCUGGGGGAUCAAAGUCACAAGCACAGAGGAGUAUCCCCACUUGAAGCCGGCACGAUAUCGCAGGGGAUUUAUUCACAAUGGCAUUAUGGUUCUCCCUCGCCAAACCUGUGGGCUGUUUACACAUACUAUCUUCUAUAAUGAAUAUCCCGGAGGAUCCAAGGAACUGGAUAAAAGUAUUCAGGGUGGAGAGCUCUUCCUUACGGUACUGCUUAAUCCAAUCAGCAUCUUCAUGACUCACCUGUCGAACUACGGCAACGAUCGGCUGGGCUUGUACACCUUCGAGAGCCUGGUGAAGUUCGUGCAGUGCUGGACCAACCUGAAGCUACAGACAUUACCUCCGGUGGAACUGGCUGCCAAGUACUUUGAGCUUUUCCCAGAGGAGAAGGACCCCGUGUGGCAGAACCCGUGCGAUGACAAACGGCACAAGGACAUCUGGUCGAAAGAGAAGACUUGUGACAGGCUCCCCAAAUUCCUCAUCGUUGGCCCACAAAAAACUGGCACUACAGCUUUGCACUUUUUCCUAUCUCUGCAUCCUGGAAUUAUGAGCAACUUCCCCAGUCCUGUCACUUAUGAGGAGAUUCAGUUCUUCAAUGGGGCCAAUUAUCACAAAGGAAUAGACUGGUACAUGGAGUUCUUUCCCAUCCCGUCAAAUGUGAGCACAGACUUCACCUUUGAGAAGAGUGCAAAUUACUUUGAGUCCGAAGUGGUCCCCAAGAGGGCAGCGGCUCUGCUACCACGAGCAAAGAUAAUCACCAUCCUGAUUAACCCUGCGGAGCGAGCUUACUCCUGGUAUCAGCACCAACGAGCUCACCAGCUGCCUGCAGCCCUGAACUUCACCUUCUACCAAGUGAUCAGCGCGGGUCCAGACGCCCCCAGGGAAGUUCGCCUUCUGCAGAAUCGCUGCUUGAUUCCGGGUUGGUACGCCACCCACAUUGAGAGGUGGUUGGCGCACUAUCAACCCUCCCAGCUUCUUGUCGUCAAUGGCUUACAGCUGCGCAACAACCCAGUGGCUGUCAUGGAGAGCGUGCAGAAGUUCCUCGGUGUAACCCCUCACUUGAACUACACUCAAGCACUGAUGUACGAUGACAACAAGAGCUUCUGGUGCCAGAUCGCGGAAGGUGGCAAAUCAAAGUGUUUGGGCAAAAGUAAAGGGAGGAAAUAUCCAGAGAUGGAUUCACUGUCACGGACAUUCCUGAUGAACUAUUACAGGGAACACAACAUUGAGCUGUCGAAACAGCUGAACCGAUUGGGACAAGCGCUGCCCAGUUGGCUGAGAGAGGAGCUACAACACACCAGCUGGAGCUGAACCUGGGCCUCGUGCACUGCCAUCGCUCUGCCGAUGCUGUUUUGAACACCCACUGAUCUUUCCUUCCUUUCACAAACUUCAGCUCGCGCCCACGCGGACAGCACCUUGGGGAGGCAGUGGAGUUCGACGCGAGGUUCCUGGGGGACGAAAGAUCUCCCAUCCACAAGGCCUGACUGAAAGCUGCAUUUGUGUUGGUGAGCCACCAGUGGGGACCUGCAGCAGGAAGCACUUUGCACAGGUCGGGCACACUGGACCAUUCUCCGGCCAGUAGUGGUUUUACAGUGUACAUGACCACUUUCAAAUACUGGAAAGUACAGCACAUGUGCCCCCCAAGCUCUUGUAGUGUUGAAGUAUAUCCUUAUCAAACUGUGGAAUGAUUGUUACAUCAGCUGCUUUACACCAAUAGUGUCCUGUCCACUAAAAACAGUGACAUUUAUACCCAGCACAGUGUGUUACUAACACUUGCUGUAAACCAGGUACUAAUCAUGGAUACCAAUUAAUUAUUAAACAUGUACAUAUUUCCUUCUUGAGGCAAUAAUUCACAGCUGCAAUCCAGGGAAAUGAACAGAACACCAGGAUGAGGGCCAUUCUUCAUCGUUACCUCAUGGUUCAUGCUCCCCGUCUCAGACAGUCCCUGAAGGUGUUUGGAAAGUCAUGUGCAACUUUAGUUUCUAAAAGCAAGAGUAAUCAGUGCUAGUGUUUUAAAAAAAAGUGUCACUUUUCUAUCUGUGUACUGUUUAAAGAAUUACUACAGUUAGCGUUACUACAUUUUAUCGAGGCCACCACCGUGCAGUUUUAAACUUAGGCCAGUGAGGAUUUCAGCUUCUUGUCUCCCACAGAACAAGGUGGAGAGAGAACCCCUUCCCCACUCUUUCUCCCCACCCCCUCCAAUCUUUACGUUGGACUUGUUUCAUCUCACAGUACAUCUCACCUAUUGUGUCAUUCACAUUGAAUGAUGUUAUUGGAGAAUUUUACUCUCAAACAGCUGAACGUAUGUUCUGAGAUGCAGCAUUCAGUGGAUCAAGGUUUUUUUUUGGGUGUAAAUUUUGUGGUUAAAUGUGAUGUACUUUGUAAGGCCUUAAAACAUUCUCUACGUUGGCUGGGGCAAGUCAGAUCAAUGUGUAUAUACUAUACAAAACUGGUCCAGCCAAAAUGAGCAGAUGUGCCUGGAAAUCCUCACAACUGUGAAUUAAAACCAAAAAUCAAUGGUGAGAUCAUUGCAACUUCCUUGAUCUGUUGUUACCAUCAGUAAAUUUGAUGUAAGCAUCUCCAUUCUACAGCCAAGCAUUUAAAAUAAUAUAGGGUCUGUUCAAGCGU